AGUCUCAUGUCUUGACGGCUGUGAACAUAGAGAAACUCACGUACCACCAUUUCACCAGCAGCAGGCUCCAUCAUCAUCACCGUCUCUCCCGCCGCUUUGAACACCGUAUAUUCUGAAAAUUUGCCAUCUUUUAUCCUAUUUUUCUCUGUGAGGAUUCGAAACAUCGAGCAUAUGCUCUCUCCCCCACCGUAACUGGUCGGGGGCCAUCAUCCUCGGAUGUCUUUCCGUCAACUACCAUCCUUCACUUCAUCGUCAUCCCCGGACGAUCUCCAUAUUCCUUCAAAGCGAAAGCUGGAUGAUUACGCCGCUUAUGUGGAGGACGAUGAGGACACUUAUUUAUCGGAACUAGUCUCUGUUCGGAUGCGGAGGGACGAAAUCUCGGCUGUCCGUGACUCAUCCAAUGGCGACGGUGGCGGAACCACUUUUUCCAUCUCACCCAACUUCAAUCAGCUCAAUUACCGAGCCGAUUCUUUAUCUUCACCAUUAUUAUUGGACUGCCAGCAACCGGAGUGCACGAAAAGGGUACAGUUCUUUAUCAAGUUAAUUUCGGGCGGAAAUACAUUGGUUGUGCACGCUAAUUCGGACGAGACGGUAGGUUCUUUACUUGAACGGCUUUAUGUCAUGACUGGAAUACCAGUAUUUGAGCAGCGAUUAAUUUAUAGGGGAAGAGAACUACAGUGGGAUGAGUCUUUAGCAGAUUGCUCCAUCCAAAAUGAUGCUGGCCUCACCAUGGUGGGCCGAAUGCGGAGCACAAGACACCCUGCCGGGUGGAAUGCCAUAGAUUGUAUGAUUUCAAAAAUUUACCAACUUUGCAAGGGCGAGGAGGUGACUACACCUUCGAGAUACAUCACCGACCGUAUGAUGGAUUUCUUCUCUAGAGUGCCAGAGAAAGAUAUAGAAUUGCAAUUUGAAUACAUACACAUAUUCAUGGCAUCGUGGGCACCUACUGCCAUGGUUACCCUUUACACUUCAUCAAUUGAAGGUAACCGUGAGUGUGCUAAUCAUUGUAUUAAGUAUUUUUUGACAAUCAGUAAAACAAAUCUAGCUGAGUCAUUGUAUACAAAAUGUGUAUCCACUAUAAUUAUAGAGUUUUGUAAGCUGCUUAGGCAGAUAGGUUGUGAAGACCCCCUGUAUCUCCAUUGCCGGAAUACUUUAGCGUCUUUGUUGACCAAGACUGCUGUGUGCAAUGGCUUGUUGAUUUAUAAUGGUGAUAAAGAGGAUGGAGGGGAUAGAGGGGAUAUUCGUCCAGUAAUUGUGAUUCAAGACCUUUUCCCAUUUAUUGGUGAGCUAGCAAAUGGGUUGUCUAAAGACCUGGUUAUGAGCGAAGAGUCACCUGCGAGCAUGGGGCGUUUGUCGAAUGAUGUUCAUGAUCUUGUCGCGUUUUUGCCCCCACUCCGCCAGGCAAUUGUGGAGCAAGCAGGGUCCAACUGUCCUAUAUCCAUGCCACUGAACAAGAUUGGUUCUAGCCAUCCAUGGCAUGGGGAAGAGAUAGGACUUCUUCAUGUUAUAUUUGUUGACAUGCUGUUUAAAAUGGAUAAUUGCCUAAAAAAGUUGGAGGACCGUUUGCACCUGAAUUCAAAUACAGAAGGCGAAGUUGGUUGUACAGGAUGGUCACAGUAUCUUGCAAUUCUGAAAGAAUUGAACAACAUUUCCAAACUAUAUCAGGGGGCUGAGGAGAAGUUUUGGGGGGUUUUAACUCAUAGGAAGGCUUCUUUGUCUAUGUUAAUUGUUAGAUAUGCUAAGCGAACUGAUGAUAAUGAAUGGCUUUUUGAGCGUAAGGAAGUUACAAAUUUUGAAUCCAGGAGGCAUUUGGCUAUGAUGUUGCUUCCAGAGGUAAGAGAAGAUUAUGAUGAGCUACACGAGAUGCUUAUUGACAGGUCUCAACUGUUGUCAGAGUCAUUUGAGUACAUAGCACGUGCGGAUCCUGAUGCUCUACAUGGUGGUUUAUUUUUGGAAUUCAAAAAUGAGGAAGCCACUGGUCCUGGUGUUUUAAGGGAGUGGUUCAUACUGGUAUGCCAAGCUAUAUUCAAUCCGCAAAAUGCACUUUUCACAGCAUGCCCAAAUGAUCGUAGAAGGUUUUAUCCCAAUUCUUCAUCUAAGGUGGAUCCCAUGCAUCUGGAGUACUUUAGUUUCUGUGGUCGGGUAAUUGCUCUAGCUUUGAUGCAUAAAGUACAAGUGGGAAUUGCCUUUGAUCGAGUAUUUUUCUUGCAAUUGGCUGGAAUGCAACUUUCUGUAGAAGAUAUUCAGGAGGCGGAUCCAUUAUUAUAUAAUAGCUGUAAGCAGAUCCUUGAGAUGGAUGCUGAGUUUAUUGAUUCAGAUGCUUUAGGACUGACAUUUGUUACAGAAGUUGAGGAGCUAGGCUCCAGGAAAGCUGUGGAGCUUUGCCUGUGUGGGAAAAAUAUUGUUGUGAAUAGCAAGAAUAGAGAAGAAUAUGUUGAUCUUCUUAUCCAACAUCGUUUUGUUACAUCAAUUUCUGAACAGGUCUCUCAUUUUGCUCAAGGUUUUGCUGAUAUUCUUUCUAAGUCAGACAAACGGACGUGUUUCUUCCAUAGUUUAGAGCUUCAAGAUCUUGACUGGAUGCUAUAUGGAACUGGAAGUGCCAUCUGUGUUGAUGAUUGGAAAGCACAUACUGAUUUCAAUGGCUACACAGAAACUGAUCCUCAGAUGCUGUGGUUCUGGAAGAUUGUUGGGGAAAUGUCAGAAAAGCAGAAGAAGGUUCUCCUCUUCUUCUGGACAUCGGUGAAAUAUCUUCCAGUUGAGGGUUUCCGUGGUUUAGCUUCUCGACUUUACAUAUACAAGUCCUCAGAGCCCCAUGAUCGUCUUCCCUCAUCUCACACAUGUUUUUACCGCUUGUGUUUCCCACCGUAUCCUUCCGCGACUAUUAUGCAAGAUCGUCUUCGCGUCAUCACCCAAGAACAUGUUGGUUGCAGCUUUGGUACUUUGUAAAGUAUCACUCCCUCCUACAUUCAGAUAAAAAAUGGUUUUUUUUUUGUUGUUGUUUUACUGCACAUGGAAAGGUAUUAUGCAGGUUGUACAGAUUAUAGGAAAGCCCUCAUCUUUUUCUGUUAAUGUAUUCUGUCUGGAGGUGGUGAUGGUUAUUUGUAGUUUUCUAUUGAGGGUUUAGAUGUCAAUGCAUGCUCAACUGUGUAUAUGGGUAUUAGCAUAAAUAAUGGAAUCAAGAAUGUAGAAAAUCUCUUAUCAUUUAUUUAUAAGGGGCAACUGAUGAUUUCAGAGUAA